AUGGCUUCACAGGAGGACACACAGGAGGGGGAUGCAAAGACACAACUCCUGGCAGAGGCAUUUGAGAAGGAAGGACUGGAUGCUGGAUACUGGCUGCCCAAAGCUUCACAGGUGCUGGGAAUCAAGUGCAGAGAAGCCCUGCAACAUCUGGAAUAUAAAGAUUACCUCAGGCUGGAGUGUGAGGUACGGCACCCCUGGGAGAAAAAGGCACUGCAGAAACUCCUGAAAAUAACAGAUGACAAAACGCGUGAGGAGAUGCAAAAGCAUAACUUGGAGAAGACAAAGCAGAGACAAGAUGAGGCCAACCAAGCUCUGAAGGAUCUGACAGAAAUGCUCAACAGUCACAGCCACAGCCAGGAUGCUCUGAGGGAGAAAGCAGAGACUCUGUGGCGAGCCAUGGAGAUUCCCAAAGACUUCUGGCCACACCCAAAGAAACCCUUGGCAGAUAUGCUGGAGAGCAUCCAGAAGCAGCUGGAGCAGCAGGAGCAGUCAGCAGGCAGUGGGAAGAACAUCCCUGACACAGAGGUGCUGAGGCGGGCAUCAGGGGGACUGGCCCUGCAGGGCAUCUACAGAACCAGCAGACCUGAAGAUGUGCUGGCAAAGCGAGAGCAGCUCCUCAGGGUUCCUGAGGGGUUCCAGCUCACCGGUCCAGAGCAAGGAUCUCUGCUUGAGAGGAAGGAGUUCUCCUCCUCUGCAGCAGAAUCCACUUUCACCAAGUCCAUGGAGCAGCUGGGCUUCAGCAUGAGCGUUUCUGCCAAAUGCCCAUUCUGGGGGAUUAAUGUGGGAGUGGGUGUAGAUCACAGCAGCACCUCGCAGUCAGAGGACUUCCACCAGUCCCGCUCUGAGCAGAGCUACUUUUGCAUCACCAAGUACCAGUACAUCCCUCUGGCCUCCUGCUACUUCCAAAGGCAUCAGCUUCGGCUCUCGGAUGCGGCUCUGCGGGAGCUGCAAGACAUGGAGCAGCUUUUGAGCUUCAGUCAGAAAGAAGACAACUCCACCUUGGUGAAGAUAUCAAUUCAGCUCUAUGUGGUCAACACCGGCGGCCCAGCAGACACAGCUUCCCUUCCUCUGUGGAGAACGGGGCUUGUGUCUGAUAACACAACGUGGUGCGUUAUUGACCGUGGCUUUGAGCUGAUCCCAGUGUGGGAUGUCAUCCUGCGCAAUCACUGCAAGGAUUUUAAAUCCGUAGAUCAGAUGAGCAGAGCCCUCAGGGCUGGGUACAAAGAGCUGACGAAUCAGAGCAUUGGCACCGUUUUUGGAGAGGAACUGGGAAGUGCAGUGCAAGAGGCCAGAGAUUUCAUGGGGAUUGUGAAGGCCUGGGAGGUUACAAAAUUGGAUGAAAGGAAGCUGCUCAUGCUGAUGGAGCUAAAAGAUGAUCUGAGUGCAAAAACCAGGAACCCCAGUGUGUGGAUCAACGUGUGCCUGUCAGACAAAGCCCUGCAGGACUUCCUGGUGAACACUGUACAGAGCUGCCAGAAGUCACCUCCAGAAAACACCACCAGUAUCAAGGCAAUGUUGAGGAGCCUCCUGAAUCCUCAUAUCUACUCUGUCAAGGACUUCCCUGAGGCUUCCUUCAUUAUGCAAUGGGUCCUCCAGACUGAGCACCCACUUCCCAGAUCUCCCAAAGUCUCUGAGCUUCAAGAGCUCAGCAAAACACUGCAGCAAAUGCAGGAGCACAUCCAUGCUGUCACCUACGCACCAGGAAGCUCUGCUUCUGAUGUUCAUGAAGCAAAGAUAGAAGCCACCCUGACCAGCAGCCUGGCAAUUUAUUCCUUACUCCAGUCUCUCCAGGAACAGGCUCAGAAGGACAUGGAACUGCUGGUGCUCUUGAUUGUGACAAGCACAGGAUACCAGGUGGAAAGCAGCACUUUCCAGCACCUCCUUGGACACCCAGAAAUUCAGUACAUGGCCAAGGAAAUGGAAGCGGCACAUGCGGAUUACAUGAACCUGAGGGAGCAAGAUCCCAACAGAGCCGAGGCCUCCCUCCUACUGACGGGUGUGACUGUGACACCCGAAAGUCAAAAGCUGUCCCCUGAGCAAAAGAGGGAGCGUUUGGUUUUUAUGGAAAAUCACAUGAAAGGCUUGUGGUCCCCACGGAUAAAGAAUCUCCUCCAAAAGCACAGUGGAGAUGAAGACUGGGAGAGGCUGGAACGGGACUUGGACUCCUUGAUCAGUGGGGGCUUGGAUGACAAAUGGGAUGACCAGAGGAUGCAGAACAUACUCAGUGACCUGGAAGACACUUUUCCAACACCUGAAGCCCCCAGUCAGUCCCAGUCCAAGUCAGACAGCAGCAAAGCCAAAGAAAAUGAAGCCAUUUCAAACCAGGUGUUCCUCCAGCUGCUCAAGCGCCUUGGACUGGAAAGUCACUAUCCAAGGAAAAUGGGGAUGGGAGAUUUCCGCACCAUCUGCAAGACAUCUCUGCAGGAAAGCCAGCCCAGCCAGGACAAUGAACUGCCACUAUACUUCUUGAAAAAACUAUUAACUUUGGAUUACCAGGUGAGGUACCUGACUUGCUGGGAAAGGAGCAACCCAGGCCUUGCAUCCAUGCCAGAAACCAGAGAGCAAGAGCACCAGCAAUCAGACUCCUUUGAAAACUUUUUUGAUAAGCUGAUGAAAGCAGCCCCUGAACGUGCAAACAGGGAUGGCCAUGUGCACCCCAUGGACCUGCAGAUGGCCAUUUUCCAUUGUGCUGAUGACUUCCUGAGACAGACCCUGGCAACCAAGCUGGCGUUCUGCCAACUGGCGCUGCCUCUGCUGGUGCCCAACCCAAGCACUUCACGCAUCGAGUUCCCGCUCUAUGCACUCAGCCAAAUCCAAAGGAGCUGGAAAGAGGUGGAGAAGGCGGGAAAGCAGGCCGAAACAAAGAGUUUCAGCAACAAACUCAUCUUUCAGGCACACACACCCAUUGUGUCCUUCAUCCGCAUUGGCAGCUCGGCCUCCUCUUCCAAGUCCCAGCUCCUCAACGCUGUGCUCAGCAAACGCAAACACGACACUUUCUUCCACCGCCACUGCAGAGGCAGCACCAGAGAGCGUUUGCUGAUGGAAGGGCUGGUGGAGAUCGCCUGGUACUGCCCUGGUGGAAGCCCUGAUGACACCUUUGAGUGCUGUGUGGCUUUCUGUAACCUGCAUGGAGAUGCCAGAGAUCACGGAGCACAGCUGCAGUUCCUGCAGGAGAUAUCUUCUGUCAACGUGGCUCUUGUGUCUGACUGGGAGCACAUGGACAACAGGGGGAAAAAGCUUCUGCAGGACCUGUGGCAGUCACAAAGGCCUUUCAUUUGUCUUCUCACAGAAAAUGACAAUGCUGCAGCUGGACAAGCAAACAAAAACAUAACAAUAGGGAUCAAGAACAGAAAUGAAGCAGAACUGGUGGAGGAGCUGACCAAGACAAUUGGGAAUCUCCUGCAAGGCUCUAAUCCAUGUUUCAGCCUGGAGUCCUGCAUGGACAAAGCUCGCCAGAACGGAUUCGUAGUGGAUGCAGAUCGAGCUGCAUGUGUGACAGCCAAAGCAAAGGCAAAGGAGCUGGUGGAGCUUCUGAAGAAAGAGAAGCUGUCUGAGAUCAAAUCCCAGCUGCUGCCACUUCAAGGAAAACUGUGGUACCAGUGGUGCCAAAAGGACAAAGAACUCACUCGCUUGCAGGAGAAGAGGAACAAGAGCGUUGAGCAUCAUCGCAGCCAAAUUGAAUAUGAGAAGAAAGCAAUAAGAAAAAAGCAACUUGAGCAAGCUUUCCCUCUGAACACACUGAUGAAAUCAUUCCUUGGCUUUCUCCAGGUCCAGCCAGCAAACACCAAGAAAUACUUCCUGCACUGGAUGAAGGUCUUUAUGCAUGAGCUGUCUUGUGGUCGCCUUGAAGAACUGAGAAGGGACUAUCACAAGUUAUGGUCUGAAAUCCUAUCAAGAAAGAAAAGCAAGGAACAGCCCAGGGGCAACGAUGAGUUGCUGAGUCAUUUGGAUGCCCUCUCUGAUGAAAUCAAUGAUUCAUCCAUCGGCCUGGAGAACCUAUUGAGAGAGUUAGGGCAGAUUUAUGAAGCUCUGGAAAUAAUGAACUACAAGAAAGACAAUUUUGUCAAACUGCCAGAAAUUGCAGCAGACCUUAUGGUUUCAGGGUACCCCAUGGAGCUGAUGGACGGGGAUGCUUCUUACCUGCCCUUGCGCUGGGUGGGAGCAAUCUUUGAACGAUUAAUUGAGAGGCUGGGGGACAAACGAGUGUUUGUGCUCUCCGUGCUCGGCAUCCAGAGCACAGGCAAGUCCACCCUGCUGAAUGCCAUGUUUGGUCUGCAGUUCAACGUCAGCGCAGGGAGAUGCACCCGCGGAGCCUUCAUGCAGCUCAUCCCAGUGGGCGAGGAGCUGCAGCAAGACUUGAGCUUUGAUUUUGUGCUGGUGGUUGACACAGAGGGACUUCGUGCCAUCGAGAUGUCCAAUAAACACUCUCUGAACCAUGACAAUGAGCUGGCCACCUUUGUCAUUGGUGUUGGCAACUUGACUGUGAUCAAUAUCUUUGGAGAAAAUCCAUCAGAAAUGCAGGAUGUUCUCCAGAUUGCUGUGCAAGCUUUCCUGAGGAUGAAGAAAGUCAAUCUUUCCCCAAGCUGCCUCUUUGUCCACCAAAACGUGGGAGAAGCAACUGCCAAGGAGCAGAACAUGGAAGGAAGAAGGCGUUUGCAGGAAAAGCUGGAUGAAAUGACUGUGGUAGCUGCUCAGCAGGAAUGCUGUGAUGUCUCCUCUUUCAGUGAUGUCAUUGGAUUUGAUGUGAACACCCACAUUCACUACUUUGCUCACCUGUGGGAAGGAAACCCCCCAAUGGCACCACCAAAUCCCAAAUACAGCCAGAAUGUGCAGCAACUCAAGAGCAAAAUCCUCCAGGCUGCCAAGAAGCAAUCGCAGUGCAGCAUUCUGAGGUUCUCAAGCCUGAAAGAUCGUAUUGGUGACCUCUGGAAUGCUUUGCUGAAUGAAAACUUUGUGUUCAGCUUCAAGAAUUCCCUGGAGAUUGCUGUGUACAGGAGACUGGAAAGUGCCUUUAGUCAGUGGACCUGGAGGCUGAGGAGUCACAUCUUAGAUAUACAGAUGAGACUGGUCAACAAAAUUCGGAAUGGGGACUUGCAGAAUGUCACCAGACAGCACCUUGAAGGGCUGGUGCAAGAGACAAGUGAUGCCAUUGAGAAAGAAGUGGAAAAGUAUUUCAGGGAGGACAAAGACUGUGAGACACUGGUCCAGUGGAAAUUGAGCACAGCGCUUAAGCUGAAAGAACUGAAAGAGACUCUUCUUCAUGAAACAAAAAAGAAAUGUGAGAAUCUUAUUGAGCUCCAGAAGGAGCAGAAGAAACUGGAUGAAAGGAAGCUGGACUAUGAAGAUGAGCUCCUGAAAAAGAGUAAGGACCUGGCUGUGAGUCUGAAAGGGAAGAGCCUCAGUGAGAGUGAACUGAAGGACGACUUUACUCUCCUCUGGAACCAAUGGAUUGCCGAAGUCUCCCGUGCUGCUCCUCCUCCAGAACGGGUGGAUAUUGAUGCACAAAUCGAAGAUGUGCUUCUAGAGCACUUUAAGGAGCCGGGUUUUCAUGCACGGAUGAGGUCAUUUGCCAGAGGCAGAGGGUUUUCUUUUGAUCCAAAAAAACACAUCAUGAAGAAAAGGUCUUUUGACAUUAGGUCACUUUUGUGGAGCAUUUCCAAUGCUGAUUUGAUCAAGUUUGAGCAAAUGACAGACAACAUCAUAGCGCGUGUGGUGGCAAACAUUGCUAAGAAGGAAGAGGAGAAACGCGAUUACAAUAGAAAUUUUAUUCAUGAAAUUCUCAAUGAAGUACAGGGAGCUGUCAACUCUGUCCCCAGUGAUGCAAAAUAUACUUUUAACAAAGAGUACAGCAUGGAUUUGUCUCUGUAUCUGUGCACAAUGGCAGCAGAAAGGUUUAAAGCCAUGCACGAAGCAUUCCGAAAGGCAAAUGACCCAGUUGUGUACCUGAAAAGCAAGAGAGAAGAUUUCUUCAAAUGUUUCCAGAUUUCUUGCCAAGGAGCCACUUCUGUCACAACUUUUGCUCGUUUCCUUUGUGACAAGAUGGAAUCAGCUCUUCGCCAGGCAGUCUAUGAGAGGACAGCUAAAGACAUUGCUGAGGACAUGCAGAAAUCCCCAGAUUUCCAGGGCAGCAGAGGCAAUCUGGAAGUUUGCAUCCUGAGAUAUCUGGCAGAACAGGAAAAUUUUGAGUAUUUCAAGGAGUACCUUAUGUCUCCAAAACAGUUUUGUGAGAGUUACAUUGAGAAACGUGUUAGGAGUCACUGUUCAGAUGGGAGUCGGAGGCUGGAGACUUUCUUGGGUUCCUCCCUUGAUAUUCUCUAUAAAAACAUCCUUUCAGCUGUUUCUUUAUCAACCCAAAUUGUCAAAGACAGAAAAGACAGAGAAGACAAUGUCUCUCUUUGGCUGGAUGAAUUUUGCAGGGAACUGACAGAGGUGAUCAACUUGCCCAGAAGUGACCUGAAGGGCAUUGAGCACCAGGAGGUCACAGACAUUGAGUUCCUGAGCAGGGCCAUGGCAGAAGCUCUGAAUGACCUGAAGGAAAGGCUCAUGAAAGAAUUGGCUGGUGCUGACCUGAGCUCGUUUCCAAGGCAGCCUCACACCAUCCUGGCAGAGCAUUUUUCAGGGUGCUGCAACCCCGCUGGCAAUGGGAGGGCCAAGGCCUUCCUGGAGAGCUGCUGA